AAUGGAAAGGAGGAUAUAAUUAUGAUAUUAAAGAAAGAUUAAAAACAUUCUUACAAACAAAACAUAUUAAAUACAGAUCAUUUAUAAAAUAUUGUAAUUAUUCGAGAAAUGAUUUUAGAAAAUUUUUGAUUCUUGGACAAGAUGUUAGCAGAAAAAGUUAUAUUCUUAACAAAAAAAGUCUUCGUUCUAUUAUAAAGAAAACAUAUCUUAAGCAUAUAAAUAAAGGUCAAAUAAAACGAAGCUAUCCGAUCAUUUUAUAUAAUUUAGGAAAUUGUUUCAGAUUUUAUAAGAAAAAAGAAUUAAUGUUUGAAUUCUUUGAAAGAUCUGGAAAGCUUGGUUUUAAAAAAACAAUUCAAGCAAUCUAUGAUAAGACAAUGUGGAUAACUUUAAGUGAAAGAUCAUUUUUAAAAGUAGACGAAGAAAGAUUUCACAAGAGCUUGAAAUAUAUCUGUGAGAAAUAA